AUGGCGCAGCGCAGCCGCCAGUCUCCCCCUGCCGGCACUUCUCGCAAGCGCCAGCACCGGGACGAGACGGACGACGAAGGCGGCGCGGAGGAGGAGUCCGACAAGCCCUGCAAAGGCGCCAAGGCAGAGAAGAAGGACAAGAAGGAGAAGAAGGGCCUUCGGAGCUUCGUCCACCUCGGGGAAAAAAAGAAGUGGAAAAAGCGGCGGGAGCCGCUAGACAUCAACCUCAUCGUUGCACAAGACGAAAUCGACAAGCCAGACGCCCCGAGCUGGGCGACUCUGCACGCUGGACCGUCGGCGCUGCUGCCGCGGCGUCUCUGUUGCUGCUGCGGCUUUCCUGCCAAGUACCGGUGCCCUCUCUGCGCGAGCGGCCGUCGCGCGGUCUCCUCGUCCACGGCGCAGGACUCCGCCGCGAGGAGCGGCGGGGGGGGACAGGGGGCGGCGUCGCGCUACCACCUUCAGGGCCGGUAUGUGUGCUCCACGCAAUGUCUGAAUUUGCACCAGGCGCACGACUGCGCGCCGAAACACCUUCUCCACUGGAUGUGA